GUACACACUACGCAUGCGCUCCAUUGCAACCCUGUAGUCCCUGAUAGGUCACUAUGGUACCGGUGGGUCCCGGUUCCGUCCCCCGUUCUUGGUGAUUAUGUUCAGGCUGAUCCUCCGGAGGCCCCGGGCCCUCAGCGGCUCACGGAGCCUCCUCUCUGCCGGCCCACGGCGCCCCUUCAGCGGCUCUGCCCCGGGUCUUCCCGCCUCGCGAGUCCGUUCUGUCUUCGUGGACUUCUUCCGGGAGAAACACGGACACCGGCUGGUUCCGUCCUCUCCGGUACGGCCCCGAGGAGACCCCAGUCUGCUGUUUGUCAACGCCGGCAUGAACCAGUUUAAGCCCCUCCUCCUUGGCACGGUGGACCCUCGCAGUGAGAUGGCGUCCUACCGCCGAGUCGUCAACAGUCAGAAGUGCGUGCGGGCAGGAGGGAAACAUAAUGACCUAGAGGACGUGGGUCGAGACGUUUACCACCACACGUUCUUCGAGAUGCUGGGGAACUGGUCGUUUGGAGACUACUUCAAGGAGGAGGCGUGCAGCAUGGCAUGGUGCCUCCUCACAGAGCAUUAUGGGAUACCUGCAGACAGACUCUAUGUGUCUUAUUUUGGAGGGGACUCUGGAUCAGGACUCCCUGCUGAUGAGGAGACUCGACAGAUCUGGUUGGACCUGGGAGUUCCUCCGGAUCGCCUCCUGCCAUUCGGUCUGAAGGAGAACUUCUGGGAGAUGGGGGACACGGGCCCCUGUGGACCCUGCACCGAGAUCCACUACGACCACGUGGGAGGGAGGGACGCGUCCCGACUCGUCAACGCUGACUGUCCUGAUGUGGUGGAGAUCUGGAACCUGGUCUUCAUGCAGCACAACAGGGAGCAGGAUCACAGUCUGAGGCUGCUGCCCCGCUUCAGCGUGGACACGGGGAUGGGACUGGAGCGACUCGUCAGCGUCCUGCAGGGGAAGAGAUCCAACUAUGACACGGACCUGUUCACACCUCUGCUACAGGAAAUACACCAGAGAUCGAAGGCAGAGCCAUAUGGUGGCAGGACGGGCGUGGCUGAUGAGCGUAAAGUGGACAUGGCGUAUCGGGUGGUGGCGGACCACAUUAGAACGCUGUCAGUGUGCAUCGCUGAUGGAGUCUAUCCAGGGAUGUCAGGAGCAGAGCUCGUUCUGAGGAGGAUCCUGCGGCGGGCCGUACGGUUCUGUGUUGAGGCUCUUCAGGCUCCACAGGGAACUCUGUCCGCUCUGGUUCCCACCGUCACUCACAUGCUGGGUGAUGUGUAUCCAGAGCUCCACAGGGAGGCUGACAGGAUCAUGGACAUCGUUAACGAGAACGAGGCUCAGUUCCUGUCGUCUCUGCAGCACGGCAGCAGGCUGAUCCUCCGAACUCUGAACAGGAUGGACGACAAACAUGGAGCCUUCCCAGCCUCAGUGGCCUGGUCUCUGCACAGAGAUCUGGGUUUUCCUCUGGACCUGGUGGAUCUGAUGCUGGAAGAGCGAGGAGUGACAGUGGACCAUGAGGAGCUGGACCGACUGAUGUCAGAGUACAACCAGGUGAGGAAUGAUCAGCUGGCAGGGGUUCAGUCUGCGCUGAUGUUGGACGUGGUCAGCCUAUCAGAGCUGCAGCGACGCGGCGUUCCUCACACUGACGACAGCCUGAAGUACGAGUACGGCCUGAACAACAACACCUACGUUUUCCCAGCAUGCUGUGCAGUGGUCCUCGCUCUGUAUGACGGUCAGUCUCUGGUGUCAGAAGUUGCGGAAGGUCAGCACUGUGGCGUCAUCCUCGACCGAACGAGCUUCUACGCCGAGCAGGGAGGGCAGUCACAUGACCAGGGGUACUUCACCCGGGAUGGCCUGCAGGACGUGGUGUUUCCUGUGGAGGCGGUCCUUGUGGCGGGGGGGUACGUGGUUCAUCAGGUUAUGGUGGCUGACAGCCUGAAGACCGGAGACCAGGUUCACCUACACCUGGACCAGGCUCACCGUCUGUCCUGUAUGGUCAAACACUCGGCCACUCACAUCCUGAACUUCGCUCUCAGAGAGGUCCUGGGUCCGUCCGUCCAUCAGAGAGGGUCACAUGUGUCAGCUGACCGCCUUCGCUUCGACUUCAGCAUCAAGGGUUCGCUGAGCGUGGAGCAGCUGCAGCUUGUGGACAGGUGUGUCAGUGACAUCAUCUCAGCCAAUCAAAUCGUCUACUGCCAGGAGGUUCCCCUGCAGGCCGCCACGGGCAUCGACGGCCUGAGGACGGUGGACGAGGUGUAUCCUGACCCUGUGAGGGUGGUAUCCGUGGGGUCACCUGUCUCUCAGCUGUUGGAUGGUCACUCAGAUGGGCAGACAUCCGUGGAGCUCUGCUGUGGAACUCACGUGUUACAGACGGGACACAUUGAGGACGUCCUGAUCAUCUCAGAGAAACAGAUGGUCAAAGGAAUCAGCCGGAUCAUCGCCGUGACGGGACAGGAAGCAGCGAGGGCUCGGGAGGCGGGGCAGGUGUUGACUCAGGAUGUGGACUCUCUGUCAGCCAGACUUAAAGACUCCGCCCCCUCCACUGUUGACUCCGCCCAAUGUCUUUCAAAGGAGGUCGGAGUCCUCUCUGACGCUGUUGAUAACACGCCCAUCCCUCAGUGGCAGCGCAGAGAGCUGCAGAGUCACCUCAAAGCUCUGCAGAGGACGAGCAACACGAUCGUCCGGAAGCUGGAGACCAGAGAGGCUGCAGGUAAAGCUCAAGCUCUGCUGGAGAAGAACGACAGGAAGGAGCUGCUUGUCGACUCCGUGGAGACCGACUCUCUGUCGGUGUUGAUGAAGACGGUGAAUCAGGUGAGUGCCCAGGUUCCCGGCGGUCAUGUGAUGCUGCUGGCUCACCAGGUGGAUUCUGGGAAGGUUCUGUGUGCCUGCCAGGUUCCAAAGGACUGUCCCUCCCUCACAGCCUCUGAGUGGGCGGUAUCGGUGUGUCAUCACUUUGGGGGCAGUGCUGGGGGCUCUGCUUUGGUUGCCAAGGGAACAGGAAGUAGCGGUGACAUCAACGGUGUCCUGAAGUGGGCGGAGGAAUACGCUAUCCAGAAAACAAAGCGAUGACAUCACUCUGACAUCAUGGCAACAUCUCCCAUGGGGAUAGAGACAUAGAUGGGUUUUCAUGCCGGCCAUCUUGGUGAGGGGGACCCAAAAGUGGGUCGCAAAGCCAUUUUGAGUGGAUUUUAGAUUUGUGGCAAGUUUCAUGAUUUGCUUUUGUUAUUGUGACUUUUUAAAGAUUAUUUUUGGGCUUUUUGCCUUGAUUUUGAUAGGACAGCUGAUGAGACACAGAAAAUAUGGGAAGAGAGAGAAUGGGUGAAGACAUGGCCCAAACAUUCAAGGCCUGGAUUAUAUCCUGGAACCAGUGUGUCAAGGACAUUAGCCUCUGCUUAGGGCCGUCUGCUCUACCAACUAGGCUACACCACUAAAACAUGCUUUUAUUUUGAAGGAUGUGUCAUAAUAUCUUUGUUUGGUCACAUCAUUUGUUCCAUCUCAAGUCCAGAGUGCCCUAACAUCUUUUAGUGAUUGAAAAAUGUAAUAAAUACGGGUCUAAGGAGGUGGUGUUGGGUCCUGAUUCUAGACCAGAUGAGAACUAGAUCUAGAACCCCUGGUCUAGAUCGUGUAAACAGGUUACUGGCUUACUCCCGUUCAGUAACUUUAAAUCAUAGAUAGACCUCCUAUCUAUGACAUACUCACAUUAGGGUUUCUCUCAGUUGUUCCCAGGGACCGGUCUAGGUGUGCUGUGGAAAUUUGUACAGCCUAAUCUUCAUAUUACAGCUACACAACAACUGAAGUGACUGUAACGUGCUAUAAAUAGGCUGUCUUGAAUGGAUUUAGUGCGCUUUGGACAACAAUGUUAAAACCAGCUACCCCUCUCCAAGAUGGCUGCCAUGGAGACGUAUCCUGUGGUUAGUAGCUGCCCAGGCAGUUUUUCUUUGAGUGCUGCUGGGUUUAAGGGCCUGAUCAACUGUUUUCUUGUUGUUUGGGAAGGUGUGGCCUGACUGGGAUGGGCGGAGCUUCAUUUUGCUGCUGGCAGCCAAUUGGAAAGCUUUCUAACGGGCUUGAGGAUGUUUUAGUACAUAGACUACAUGGUGAUGUUUCAGAAGGAGUUUCAGUUACAGGUGUGUGUGUUUGUAGCCAGUUUAGACAAACACACACCUGUCACUGUUAAAGGUACAGAUGGCUUUAAGCCCCGCCCACAGCUGCACAUUUGUUCUCACUGGACUGAGGUAAAGGUGAGGGUUUAAUCUUUAAAAUGUAUUUCAUAAAUGCAUAUAUUUCUUUAACUUAAAUAAAAGACUGAUCACAUUGA